AUGGGGAAGUCAUCCAAGGACAAAAGAGACGCCUACUACAGACUCGCCAAAGAACAAAACUGGCGAGCGAGGUCUGCGUUCAAGCUCAUCCAGAUUGAUGAGCAGUUCGAUCUUUUCUCAUACGCAGACCCGUCCAAAUGUACCCGGGUGGUGGACCUAUGCGCGGCUCCCGGCAGCUGGAGCCAAGUCCUCUCGCGUAUCCUCAUCAAAGGUGAAAGUUUCGGACGGAGAGCCUGGGUGGAGAAAAUGGAAAGAUUCCGACAGCAAGAAAACGGCUCGCUACAUCAGAAUCAGGAGAGCGCCUCCGCGGAGAAAAUGACCACGCUUGAUAUGCAAACCUUUAAUACUCAACUCAAGCCCCGACCGAAUGUGAAGAUUGUGGCCAUUGACUUGCAGCCAAUGGCUCCUCUGGAAGGCAUCAUUCAACUGAAAGCCGACAUCACUCAUCCUUCCACCGUCCCUCUUCUGCUGAAGUCCAUUGACCCCAAUUUCGACGAGAACAAUGAGACAUACAGGGUUGACCUCGUAAUCAGCGAUGGUGCACCAGACGUCACGGGUCUCCAUGACCUGGAUAUAUAUGUACAAUCCCAGCUACUCUAUUCUGCACUGGCCUUGGCCAUGAAAGUCCUCCGGCCAGGCGGCAAGUUUGUGGCCAAGAUUUUCCGCGGACGCAAUGUCGACUUGAUCUUUGCCCAGCUCAAGUUGGUUUUCGACAGGGUCCAUAUCGCCAAACCCAGAUCUAGUAGGGCGAGCAGCAUUGAAGCCUUUGUUGUGUGCGAAGGAUAUCGACCUAUCAAGGACUGGACCCCUGAACUCGGUGAUGCGCUGAACAUUCCUCAACCGGUCACUCCGCGGGCAGUGCCUUCUGAGGCGCAAUCAAGACGCUUACGGGAUGAUGGAAUUGUGGAAGUCCAUUUUGAAGAUGAAGAAGCCGAUCCCCAAAGGUGGAUCGCACCAUUUCUUGCUUGCGGAGAUUUGUCCGCCUGGGACGCCGACGCCACCUACAGGUUGCCAGAAGACCAUGUGAGCCUGCCACCGGUGCAGCCACCUACGGCACCCCCCUAUAAAGAAGCAAUUGAGCGGAGGAGGGCUGAGGGCGGUGCUUACGGCAGGACGAAAGACCGGUCGAAAUCGACACGGCAAGACGGGACGUGA